GACUAGCGAACACUUCAACCCAAACUUCGGUCGUGUUAAGACCUCUUAGGCAGCACGCAGAGCAAUGAUACGUAGCUGAGUCGGAGGUACAAAAAAGGCUGUCAAGAUGGGCAGCAAUGCUCAGCAGUUUUGUUUAAAAUGGAACAAUCACCAAGCGAAUAUGCUCGCCGUAUUCGAGCGGUUACUCGGCAACAAGAGCUUAGUCGAUGUAACGCUCGGGUGCGAGGGCCGACAGAUGAAGGCCCACAAGGUGGUGCUCUCCGCGUGCAGUCCCUUCUUUGAAGGACUGUUCACCGAGAAUCCCUGCAAGCACCCCAUUGUGAUACUGAAAGACAUCCGAUACGCAGAUCUCAAAGCCUUGGUAGAGUUCAUGUACAAAGGCGAGGUGAACGUAGUUCAAGAACAGCUGCCUACAUUACUGAAGACAGCCGAGGCUCUUAAGAUCAAGGGUCUCGCCGAGGUAACUGGCGAAAGCAAGGAUGACAGCGGUGGCGGAAGUAGUAACAGCCAACAGCAACAGGCAAGAUCAGCCGCGAACGCCACACCCCGACCCGAGUCGCCUAAUUCUGGACGGCGGAAAAGACAGCGGGCGCGUCGAAGGAGCACGGACUCUGCUGGCGCCGGUGAUGGGCUAUCAGACUCCGAGGAGUCGGUGCCGAAAACCAGUCGCACAGACCUCCAAGAUGAGUCCUCGAUGGACGGUGCAUCAUCGCACGAUGACGGAUCUCAGGCCUCCCUGCAGCGUGCAAGUAAGAAGGAGACCGCCCCUGUACAAACAAAUGUAGAUAGCACCUCAUCCCCGGCGUCUGCCAGUGCCUCGGCCAAAAACAGUCGAUCCGCCGAACAGACGACGGCCACGAACAAGUCAGCCGCGAACUCUAACGGGCAAGUACCAUCGUCGAAGGAUACCGGUGGUGGGGAUUUUGAACCCAGCCGUUUAUUGGAAGCUUCGAUGACGACUGACCAAGGUGGCGACGACUCGACUGACAACCUCAAUAACACGACCGGACCGGACAACAAUUCGACUAAUAAUGAACUGGAUAUCAAACCCCUGAUCACCUUGGACGAAGGCGGGGCGACGCCAACGGGGGCUAUUGUACCUGCCUCUGCUGCUGCCGCCGCUGCUUUAGCCGGAGCUGAUGCGUUGUCUUCCCUUUUCCCUCAAGGGGCGAGUACUGCCGCAGCUCUUGCAGGCACCUCGUUCCAAAAUAGCCCACCGAGUCACGGUACGUACUGCGCCGCGUCGCCAGCGAGUGUGUUCAGCAGACCGUCGCAGGUAGAGCCCCGAUGUUGGGCCCUGUACGCUGAACCUCUCGGGGUCGGUUGAGCGCCGCUUAAUGCCUGCUUGACUAUUCGUAAGUUGGUGAGACAGCUGACUUCCCUUGGUAAAGCGUUCUCUAUGCGUACGAUCUCGCGAAGUCUGCUGAACACUCGUCAUUGCACUAACUGCUAAACCUGCUCCACAAAUCCCUAUCCUUAAAUCUCUCUGAACUUCCUAUCCUAUCAACUACCGCUAUUAACUAUGGAAUUGCAUGCACUAACUGUAUGUGGUUUGCCCUUUGCGAAGCCCUAUUUAAAAAAACCCUUCACUUUACCGAUAUAACACCCUAUUUUGCGGGUGUUUAAUAACAAUCCUCACCUUGGCUGCGGUUGGAAACAACCAAUGCCUUUUUGGAACUGUUUUACCGUCGAAAGAGAAGAACACGAAGAUUAUUUCGAAGAGGAGGUACCACGAAAACCUUGGUAACAGACAUCCACGUUGGUGACGCAAACAUGAUAAAGAACACACAGAGUCGCCUCGCUUAACACACACAGGUAACAGACGAACAAGACAUUCUUUUUUGGUCAGGGCUAGUGACCGUAAACAGGCCAUUCAGCAAGCCCGUGGUAAGUUUUUGAGGGUAAGAGUAAUGGGCAAUGCUCAACGAACGGCGAAUAAGGACGCAAUGGAACAUCCAAGCAAUUACGGAAAAUAAAACUGAUGAAACUGAA